GUAGUGUUGGCAGUACGCGCAUUACCCUCAAGCUAAAUCGCUGGUUGGUUUGUUAUUCUGCAAAAAUCGUGCAAAAUCCGCGUCGAAAAAGUGCAUGGGGUGUGUUUUCGCCCCCUUGAAGCCCCCAUUCACCAACCCCAAUGGUAGGCUUUGAAUUGACAAUCGUCAACUAGCUCACUUUGAUGUUAAACAAACAAGUAGUGUUAUUCAUUUGUUUAAAUGGUUGAAGUGACGUUAGAGGAGUUCUCAAACUGGAUCAGUCACAGGAAAUGUCCGAAAACAUAGAUGAAUUGCGGAAUAUGCUAAUUACGUUUCGGGUGUCCGAACUGCAGAUGCUUUUGGGCUUCGCUGGGAGAAAUAAGUCAGGAAGAAAAACCGAAUUGCAACAAAGGGCUUUGGAGCUCCUCCGAGUGCGAUCGCAUCCGAUUCACCAGAAAAUCAGAGAUUUGUACAAAAGCAUCCAACAACAAGGGGGCUCGUUGAGUAACGUCCCAACGCCGUCGCUAUCACCGGGAAAUAAAGACAUCAAUAUGCCACAGCCCCAAGGAACGGUGCCGAGAACCACGGCCACAGUGCAUCCCUACAAUAUCGACAGUCGACAAUUAUCGACUCGUCAGCCGUCGCUGUACAACCAAAGCGUGUACAACCCCUACCCCCAAUACACCCAACAGAAGACCCAACAACAGGGUUCCCUCACCGCCGCCAACAACUUCCCCAUCCACCCCGACGUGAAAUUCCGUCGUCUCCCCUUCUUCGACAUCAUCUCCGAUCUCCUCAAACCCUCAACCCUAAUGCCACAAAGCAAUCAACGUAUGCAAGAAGCCACCUUUUAUUUCCAUUUAACCCCACAACAAGCCACCGAUAUAGCCAGUUCACGUGACAUACGUCCAGGUGUCAAAUGCGAUUACGUCAAACAAGUACAAUUGAGAUUCUGUCUCUUGGAAACGACAUGUGAACAAGAUGAUUUUUUUCCACCAAAUGUCAUCGUUAAAGUUAAUAAUAAACCAUGUCCAUUACCAAAUCCAAUACCAACAAAUAAGCCAGGUGUUGAACCAAAACGACCACCAAGACCGGUUAAUAUAACACCAAUGGUCAAAUUAAGUCCCAUCGUGGCCAAUAUGAUUACGGUUUCAUGGGCGCCGGAUUAUGGACGUGGAUAUGCCAUUUCAGUGGCGUUGGUACAAAAAUUAACCUCGUCGGAUUUGUUGAAUCGGUUGAAGGCCAAAGGGCCCAAACAUUCGGAUUAUACACGCGGGUUAAUUAAAGAGAAAUUGAAAGAAGAUGCAGAUUCUGAAAUAACAACAACUUGUUUACGAGUUUCUCUGAUUUGUCCUUUGGGUAAAAUGCGAAUGACUACACCUUGUCGUGCUAUCACUUGUAAUCACUUACAAUGCUUCGAUUCGUCAUUGUUUCUCCAAAUGAAUGAGAGAAAGCCAACUUGGACUUGUCCAGUUUGUGAUAAACCAGCCCUCUACGAUAAUCUCACAAUUGACGGUUAUUUUCAGGAAGUUUUAGCUUCCCCAAAUCUCCCACCAGACUUGAACGAAAUUCAAUUACACAAAGACGGCUCAUGGAGUACUCAAGUCAAUGAUAAGAAGAUAACAAAAAGUGAGCGUGUCCCAAUCGAUGACUCGAUUGAAAUAAUCGGUGAUGAUAUAGAGCUUGUAACUACGGCAACCUCAUCGACUGAUAAAACCAAAGAUGAGAAAACAAAAGAGAAAAUCGUCGAUUUGACAUGCUCCGACUCUGAUGAUGAUGAACCGUUGGCGAAACGUCGUGUCCUUAACCCAAAACCGGAUUCCACGAUUAAAUUUUCAGAUACGACUAGUAUUUCGUCGAGUAGUAACCAAUCACGUGUGACUACGACUCCGGGGCCGUCGAGUGUGUCAAGUUCCGGGUAUCCGGCGAGUCCGUCAAUUAUUACGUUGGAUAGUCCGUCACCGCCCCGUUCGCCCAAUCAGAAUCAUCAACAGCCAGCGUCAUGUAUGUUGGCCAAUCAGAAUGGGAGUGGGAGUGAAGCAGCGUCGUUGUUCACGCCCACUACUAUGCCGUUUCUGGAUUUGGAGAACGAAGCGAGUGCGAAUAUGAAUUAUUCAACUGGGUAUUGAAAGUUACCGAUUUUUGGUUCAUUUCAUUCAUUUCAAUAAACGUAUUUUUGUACAUAAGUUAAUUAAGGGUAAUCAACAUGUUUGGAGUAGUUUUUCUCGUUAUAAUUAGGGUAAAUGUCUUAUUUUUCUAUCAUUACAAUUUUUUUUGUAUUUAAUUAUUGUUCCAAUGUAUUUGUUUUUUGUGAAAACUUGAAGUUCUAAUAAAUUUUUUUUCAUAA